AUGGCAUAUGAAGAUAAAUAUUGUAUCUAUCUACUACUUGCAGAACUCUUUCCAUCUCUUCGGGCUUUUUCAUUUAAGAAUUCUUUUUCUUCUUCUUUCACAAUUACUUUUCUCUUUUCUUUUCACUUUUGCUUCAUCUUCACUUUUAGCUUUCUUUUUACCUUUCUAUACAUUUCCUUUCUAUCACCUUUUCUGGUUUUUUUGUUCUUCUUACUCUUCUAUUUCUUCUUCUCCAUUUUUCUCUCCCCUAUUCUUUUGUUCUUUCUUCUCUUCCUUUUCUCCCUCUUGUUGUUCCUUUUCAAAUUUCUCUUCUGUUUCUUCCUCAUCCCUUCUCUCUACUCUAUUACAUUCUUUCUCUCUCUUUCCUAUCUUUCCUUUUUUUACAGCCACAUCCCCUUUUUCUUUUCUUCCUCUCGUCAACCAUUCUUUCUUUUCGUUAUCACUUUCUCUUCUCCUUCCUCGUUCCUUGUUUUUCAUCAUCUUUCUUUCCGUUCUCAUCUUAUUUCUUUAAUUUCCUUUCUUCAUUUUUCUCUCUUUUCUAAUUUCAUUUCUCUUAUUCCUUCAUUUUCUUUCGCCUCGCACACUUUUCUUCAUCUUCCUUUUCCCUUUCCUUUCUUUCUUUUGAUUCUUUUCUCGUUCUCUUUUUCUUUCUUCCUUUUCUUUUAUCCUCUCUCAUUUUUUGUUUUCACUCUCUUUCACUUUUCACUCUUUCUUUCUCUUUCUCUCUCUCAUUCACUCGCUCCUAGCUUUCUAUUUUUUCUUUUUCAUACUCCAUUAUUGAUAAUCGAUUUUCUCUGGAAGCCCACUCACUCAAACUACGUUUCUCAUUUUGCCACACUCAAUUUCAAUUUUCUUUUACGUCUCAUCAGUUGCCAAUCUCUCUCUCUCUCUCUCUGUCUCUCUCUCUCGCGCGUCCGCGCGCGCCCCACUCAAUUCUGCGUGUUUUUGUUUCUUUCACAAAUGUUCAUAUUCCAUUUCCUCUCCUUUAAUCAUUCAUAUUUGCUUUUCUUUCUUUCUUUUUUUUUCUUUCUUUCUUUCUUUCUUUCUUUCUUUCUUUCUUUCUUUCUUUUCCCUAACCUUUCAUUUUUCUUUCUUCAUUUCUUCCUUUCCUUCUUUCUUUCUUUCUUUUCUUUCAUUUUUCUUCAUUCAUUCAUUCCUUUCUUUCUUUCUUUCUUUCUUUCUUUCCUUCUUUCUUUCUUUCUUUUUUCUUUCUUUCUUUUUUCUUUCUUUCUUUACUCUAUUUAUAGUUACCCUGUGCCUCUUCCUUCUUUGCUAACCUUCUGUGCCGCUUCCUUUCCUGCUUAUCUUUUUUUUGUUAAAUUAACGAUAUCUUCUUUCUUUCUUUUUUUUGUUUUCCCUAAUCUUUCUUUCUUUCUUUCUUUCUCUCUUUCUUUUAAGACUACUUCCAUUCCUCUUCUGAUCUAUCUAAUCUUUGUUUUUUUCUUCUGUCACUUUCUGUUUCUUUUCUUCUCUCAUUCUUUCAACUUAAUCUUCCCCUCUUCAUUUUUCUUUCCGUUAAAUGAACUUUCUUUCCUUCCUUCCUUCAUUCGUUCAUUCUCUCAUUCCUUCCAUCCUUCCUUCUAA